GUACAGGAGGGCGGUACCGGGCAGACACACACGGCGCUUCCCGCUGCUCAGGGGACAUGGAGGCGGGGGUGCGGCUGAGCGCUGGUGUCUCCAAAUGGGAUAUCCGGACGAAGAUCUGGGACUACAUGGAAGCAAAUAACCUGGCUGAUUUCCCAAGACCAGUGCAUCACCGGAUCCCCAAUUUCAAGGGGUCUCACCAGGCUUGCCAUGCUGUCCGAGAGCUUGACGUGUUCAAAAGAACAAGUGAGAUUAAAGUGGACCCUGACAAACCACUAGAAGGAGUUCGGCUAGUGACCUUACAGGCAAGGAAAACUUUGUUGGUUCCAACACCGCGACUGAGAACUGGGCUGUUUAAUAAGAUUGUCCCACCACCAGGAGCAACUAAAGAGAUCCUGAGAAUAUGUGCAACCUCUCAAGGGGUAAAGGAUUACAGUGUGCCUAUAGGUCUGGAUGCAAAAGUCCAAGUGGACCUGGUUGUUGUAGGAUCGGUCGCUGUUUCUGAAAAAGGUUGGAGAAUUGGGAAAGGGGAAGGUUUUGCAGAUAUGGAAUACGCAAUGAUGAUGUCAAUGGGAGCCAUCAGAGAGGACACCCCGGUAGUUACUAUCGUGCAUGACUGCCAGGUGGUUGACAUUGCAGAAGAGCUGCUUGAUGACCAUGAUUUAACUGUGGAUUACAUCCUCACUCCAACAAGAACCAUUAAAACAGGCUGCAAACGACCAAAACCACAAGGAAUAAUAUGGCAUAAGAUCAGCUACGAGAUGCUGGAAAGAAUCCCAAUCCUAAAGAAUCUUCGCUAUAGAGAGAAGCAGGGAGGCAAAGAUGUUAUCCUGAAAGACGAACAUCCAGACUUUCCAAACGCCAGGAAACCAGCAGACUCCGAUGAAAAUGCCAAGACUGGAAAUACAAAACUGCAAACUGAGUCCACCUCGGCCCAAAUUGGACAGCAUCAUGUUGGAAAUGAUUCUUUAAGUACCAAAUCAGAGACACAUGGUGCACUCACCACUGUCUAUGUAGGUAAUAUACCUCCAGGCACAAGAGUGAGUGAGUUAAAAAGUGCUUUACGAGAAUUCCAUGCAUCCCCGUUGCGGCUCAGUUGGCAGGGAGCACAGGGCUGGGCUUUUCUUGAUUACACGGAUAAAAUGACUGCUGAGAGUGUUGUAUCCUCUUUGAAAGGCUUAAGCCUCAGGGGUCAGACUUUGCGAGUUGAGAUGGCCAAGAACCAGAGAAACAAAGGGCAAGUAGAAAUCAAUGGACAGAGAAACAAGUAUGAAUAG